GCCAACACAGCCGUGAGGAAACAUGUCGACAGGUUACUCUGCAAACCAGUUUGAAAGCGCUUUUAAGUCGCAAAAGCUCCAGAACUGGACCAUCCCAAAACAAUUCAAAGAGAGACCAUCAGCAGCAGAAGGCUACACUACAUUUAUAGCCACAGACCGUGGCCACCUUCUACCUGGUGUACAAACAAAGCAUCGAAGUGCGUGGCCAGCAUUCCAAGGCACAUGGGAUUUACCUCGUCGUAUUCCUCCUGUUUCCAUGAACCCCACUGCUCGCUCACAAGUGGGCCAGGACCGCCUCAGGACCUGGGGGCAGAUGAAAAUCACAACAAAGCAGCCUCACGAGGCCCCUGGGGACAGUCAGGCUAUAAACAGAAGCUCUCAUGAUGUGGUGGGUAUUUAA